UUGUAUAAAAUUAUACGCAUAUUAAGGCUUCUUCCUCAUGUUGCGUACUACAAAAACAUUCGCGUUCAAUGCGCCAAAGAGCAGACCGACGUCCACUGUUACGGCUAUUCCGCUUGGGAUCCAGUGGAGAAAGCUAUCAUUAUCGUCUUCAUUGGCGUCAGCUCUGAACUACAAGGACUAGAUUUAGAAUACAGUAGCCUUCUUCAGAAAAAGAUAGCCUUUUUUGAUAACGGGCGUUUGAUCAAGUACUUCAAUGACGCUUUCAUGUUCCUCUGGAACGGAGGCCUUGAGCAACAGGUCCGCACGCUCAAGUACCAAUAUCCAGACUACAAGAUUUACGUUACGGGUCAUUCUAUGGGAGCAUCAAUCGCGACUGUAGCUGCUUCGUACAUUUUGAAAUGGGGGAUGUGGGCACCAAAAGACCUCAGACUUAUCACAUAUGGCGAGCCUAGAACUGGCGACUACGAUUUUGCUGCGUGGCAUGACGCUACAUUUCUCUACUCUUACCGCGUUAUAAGCCACCACGAUCCUAUACCCCAUUCGCCUCCAAGGUUUGGGGCCGACAUGGCGUUCCAUAAUCGUUACGAAGUCUGGUAUGAUAAUGAUAUGGCUGUUGGACAACCGUACACGAUUUGCCAAGAGGCUGAUGGGGACUACUGUAGUAACACCGUGUCCAAUCAUGACGGCUCUGAUCAUUUGUUCUAUUUCAAUAUGAACAUUAAAGAAUGGGGGCUCAAUGGAUGCCCUCCAGGAAAUCUGACCUUGUCAAAAUGGUGCCCCGAAACAAAAACUUGCGAAGAGAAGACAACAAACUGCACUACGCCAAUUACGCUUGUUUUAAAUUGUCCUCGUCAACCAGAUCCAGCCUAUGCCUACAAUGAUACCUUCGCUCGAUACUAUAUUACUCCGCUUAUCUCAGGUCUCUUCUUAGACACACCCGAAUCGUGCUUAAAGCAGAAGGUUGCCUUCUUCGAUGAUGGACAUUUGUAUAAGUACUUUAAUGACGCAUUCUUCUUCCUCUGGGAUGGUGGUCUUGAGCAACAGAUCCACACAUUGAAGUAUCAAUAUCCGGAUUACAAAAUCUACGUAAGUUAUUGA